UCAUUCAUCCUUUGGUUCCUCACUUUGCUUGGAUAGACCACCAUUCUCCCAUUCAAGGAGAGCUGGGUCCCAUAUCAGUGAUACAAUUCUGCAGCACUAAAAUACAACUCUUCAACGGAGUCGAGUUCACAUGGCCCUCUUCCCCGUUGGCACACGCGAACUUCGUCCGUGUUGUCCCCGAUGUCCGACGUGCUCAGCCAAGUCGUCCGUGUUUUCCUUGUUAUUUCACGGACACCUAGCCAAUGUUGUUCACGUCAACAAUCCAAGCCUAACUGGUUUGCGGCACUUGAUCGGUGUACGCAUACAUUUUUCGAGCUCACGGUGGCGGUCCGCUGUUCGGUUGUUUUUUUUUCUCAGGCGGUCUUCCUAAUCAAUGGGCCAACCGGGAUUCGGCAUCAGCUGUGCAGUCCGAAGAUCGCUAAAUUGGAGCAUAGAUAUCUGUCUACACCCACCAAUGUCCCAGGCUCCCAAUAGUCCAUCCGUUGUAUCUGAUAAUGCUCGAACUACUGGUCCCUUGUUCAUAGGAUAUACAUUUAAUUGGGCUUUAUACGGUGCACUGUGUGUUCAGACCUAUAUCUACUACGUUUCUUUUCCUAAGGAUCCAAUCCUAUCGAAAUUCCUGAUAUACCUUCUCCUGGCUUUGGAGACGCUGCAAACUGUCCUCUUCACUGUGGAUUUAUUUGAUAUAUUUGCAACGAGUUAUGGACAAAUUGACGUGCUCAACAACGUCCACUGUUUAUGGUUCUCUGUCCCGAUAAUGACAGGACUUAUUGGCGGCAUUGUACAGCUGUUUUACUGCUACCGGAUAUCAAUUUUAAGCAGAUCUCGUGUGCUUGCGGCUUCUAUAGGAGCGAUUUCCCUGGCCCAAUUUGUGGCCGCGGUAAUUGAAGGGCAUCUACAAUAUACAUACGGUCUCUACUCUAAACAAUCUAGACAGAAUUCCUUGGUACCAUGCCUAGUUUGGCUUGCUGGGAGUGCUUUAUGCGACAUCAUUAUCGCGACUAUUCAGACAUACUACCUCAUCAAAAUUGACGCAUCGUACAAAGCGACUCGUAAUAUGAUAACAAGACUUGUACGUAUCACCAUCGAAACUGGUGUUCUAACAGCGGCGGCCGCGACAGUUGUUGCACUCUUCCUUGUGACAGACACGCGAAUGUACAAUACUGCGCCGGCAUUCUGUCUUGGGAAGUUGUAUACCAAUGCUUUGCUCAUGGUAUUCAAUAGCCGCGCUCGGUAUCAAUCACGACGUGAUCAAGCUACCAACGCUGGUAUGUUUUUCGCGAGGAACCCCGACGUAGGAGGGGAUACCAGCUUUUCCUCGCCCGAACAACUAGACACGUACAACAGCACUUUCACCCUGGACCGUCCAAUCAGUCCAGCACAGAUUCAGCAGGACGCUCAACCGAGCCCUUCACCACAAAAGUUUGAUAUCCCACCUAUCAAAUCUCGUUCAUUGAGCAGCAGUACAUCCCAGCCGAGUCCUCUCAAAGAGCACUUUGAUAUCAGGUCUACCCGUCAUUAUACUCUGAGACGGUCCAAGGAGACUAUGUGCACAUUCGAUAGCAGCUUGGAGAGCUUUAGCUUUCCUCCAGGAGUGUCUAGGGAACGUUCGCGCGAUCGUCCGAAUACAACAGAUAGUUGUUCUCCGUUGAUUGCUAGAAACGAGAGGCCCUUCUUUGGGCCAGGCUCGUCCGAGGGUGGAUGUGCCGGGACUUCGGAAAGCUCGAGUCCAAAGGCGGACGCGUUUACGAUUUCCCCGCCAAGGAAGCCGAACGUCUCUUAUCGUGGCUUGGCUGAGCGUCCCCGGACACGUUUUCCGAGGACGUCGAGCCUUUCUCCACAAGAUUCCCCAAUACUGCAAUAUAUGGACAUUCCCCAUGCUAUAUGAGAUGAGAUAUGUAUUUUAUGCGAUAUAGGGUGAAAUGUAUCCAUUCAUUUCCUAUUAUAUUUGUAUCUAUUACUACCAACCUUUCCUACUUGACAUCCAUAAUCUAGCAACUCCCAUCUACUCACAUAAAUGCUACACAAAAUAAGCAUUUCCUAUUUGUUUUCUGCAAUCCAAAGACCGCCAAAUGGAAGUCCUCGCAAGUAAACAGCAAA